GGGCCAUGGAGCUGGCGGUGGGGAACCUCAGCGAGGGCAACGCGAGCUGGCCGGAGCCCUCCACCCGGGAGCGCGGGCCGCUGUUCCGCAUCGGCGCGGAGAACUUCGCCACGCUGGUGGUGUUCGGCCUGAUCUUCGCGCUGGGCGUGCUGGGCAACAGCCUGGUGAUCACGGUACUGGCGCGCAGCAAGCCGGGCAAGCCGCGGAGCACCACCAACCUGUUCAUCCUCAACCUGAGCAUCGCCGACCUGGCCUACCUGCUUUUCUGCAUCCCCUUCCAGGCCACGGUGUACGCGCUACCCACCUGGGUGCUGGGCGCCUUCAUCUGCAAGUUCACCCACUACUUCUUCACCGUGUCCAUGCUGGUCAGCAUCUUCACGCUGGCCGCGAUGUCCGUGGACCGCUACGUGGCCAUCGUGCACUCGCGGCGCUCCUCCUCGCUGAGGGUGUCCCGCAACGCGCUGCUGGGCGUGGGCUGCAUCUGGGCGCUGUCCAUCGCCAUGGCCUCGCCCGUGGCCUACCACCAGGGCCUCUUCCACCCGCGCGCCAGCAACCAGACCUUCUGCUGGGAGCAGUGGCCCGACCCUCGCCACAAGAAGGCCUAUGUGGUGUGCACCUUCGUCUUCGGCUACCUUCUGCCGCUCCUGCUGAUCAGCUUCUGCUACGCCAAGGUCCUUAAUCAUUUGCAUAAAAAGUUGAAGAACAUGUCAAAGAAGUCUGAAACAUCCAAGAAAAAGACUGCACAGACGAUUCUGGUGGUGGUCGUGGUGUUUGGAAUCUCCUGGCUGCCUCACCACAUCAUCCAUCUCUGGGUUGAGUUUGGAGUUUUCCCGCUGACGCCAGCUUCCUUCUUCUUCAGAAUCACCGCCCACUGCCUGGCGUACAGCAAUUCCUCGGUGAAUCCUAUUAUAUAUGCAUUUCUCUCUGAAAAUUUCAGGAAGGCUUAUAAGCAAGUGUUCAAGUGUCACCUUCGCAAAGAUUCAGAUCUGAACGAUAAUAAAGAAAACAAAAGUCGGAUAGACACCCCACCAUCCACCAAUUGUACCCACGUGUGAUAAAAGAAAUAUUAGAGCGUCCUUACUGUUAAGUUUCCUUAUAAGUGGACCACACACAGAAACAAACAGAAUGAACUAGUAAGCAAUGCUGCAACUUGUUCUCCUAACAACAAGUCAUGUCAUUUUAAUUAAAUCCCACCUGUGUUCAAAAGUACUUUGAUCCAUUUAGGAAAUUCCUAGGUCUAGUGAGAAUUACUUUUCAAUUUUAUUUUAUUUCGAAAUUACAUUUCAGAAACAAAAGACAAUGAUGUAUAGUUUUGUUCCUCUUCAGAAAUGAAAGCUUAGUAGAAUUCUAUGGAUAUGUUCAGCUCUUCAUAGAUUAAGGACUGGCCCAUCUAAAUGGUCAGGAAUAUUUGGAGUCUACAUUUUAAAGUAAAUAUAUUUAGAAAAAAAUUUGAGCUUUAAUUCUUUAAUUUUAAGAGAAGUAAUAUUAUGAACUAUGUAUUUUAAAAUGUGAUCAUGGACACACAAUGAUGAUUUUUCUGGGGGCCAUUUACAUAGACACAUCUAUUAAGUGGAAAGAAGGCUUCCUGAAGUCUGAUUGCACAGGUGCAUUGCUUCCAAUUGUAGCUAGGUUACAGAGCUUCUGAAGUGGGUAGUUGUGAGGUACGGUCCAUUUCUCUCAGGAGUCAGCUCAGUGUUGUGGUGGUGACCCUGGGGUGCAGUAGUCCUGCAGGUGGUGACCCUGGGGUGCAGGAUAGAUUAAAAUCUAUCCUGUGAAAUUAGGCUUUAUAGAAUUAAGGAAACAGAGUCAGAGACCACUGCCCGAGUAGUGGAAGGUGCAAAUGAGUUUUUAAGAAUAAAAUUGGGUAUUGAAAUUUCAUAUAAGUACUUGACAAAAGGUUUUCAUUAUGCCUUGAAUGGAGCCUACUCGAAAGAGAAAUGAAAAAAAAAAUCAGCAAAAUUGAUGUAGAUAAUAAUUUCUAUGGGGCUGAAGACUAGACAGAAUUCAGUAAGUCACAUGAUGUAAUGGUCAUGCCUAUAGAUAAAGUAUAUUUCAUGUUCGAUUUAGAUAACAUUCAAAAAAGUCAUGAGACUGAAUAUACCUAGGGAUAUCCUAUCUUGCACAAAUGCAUGCUUUUUCAUUAAAUUUGUAAUAAUGUUUAAUGCACAUUUCCACCAAAGGUUAUUUCCUCUAAAAAUGUUAAUGUGGGGUCAAAACCAUCACCACUUGAAUUUCAAAUGUAGUUUUCAUGGCAAUUUCAUAUGGAUAUGUGUUUACAAUGAGAAAA